AUGGCAGACAUUACGAAUUCAGGCCAACUGGCCGAGAAAGAAGGUGCCAGUGAUGCGAUGCAUCAUGAGCACAAGGAGGGCGUCAAGGUAGAGGUUCUUCAAGGUUCAGUGGCUUUGGAUAUGGCGCGUCGGACCAACCCUCCGCGCCCAUGGAGCGCUCAGAUGAUCAAGCUUUACUCAUUCUUGACUGUGGCGUAUCUUUGCUCAGCCCUAAACGGAUUCGAUGGCUCGCUUAUGGGUGCUCUUCUCCCUAUUCCGCAGUUUCGUGAAACCUUUGGCUCCGGUAUAGUCGGAUCUAAGGCCUCUUUGAUUCAGGGAAUGUACACUAUUGGAGGUGUUUGUGCGCUGCCGUUUGUUGGUAUUUUCCUGGAUACCUGGGGUCGCCGGUGUGGAAUGUUCGUUGGAUCCUGCUGUGUCAUUCUGGGCACUAUUCUUGGCGGAACCGCCAACCACAUGGAUCAAUUGCUUGCCAGCCGUUUCUUCCUUGGCUGGGGCUACUCUAUGGCAUCCUCCGCCGCACCCGCAUACGUCGUCGAGAUGAGUCAUCCUGCAUACCGCGACAUCUUGACCGGCCUUUACAAUUGCCAGUACUUUGUUGGCGCUAUUGCCGCUGCGGGUGCUUGUCGCGGAUGUCUGCGAUUCGAGAGCUCUCUCGCCUGGCGCAUUCCCAUCUGGUGCCAGCUAAUUUCGUCCAGCAUCGUGGUGCUAGCUGUUUGGUUCAUCCCUGAGUCUCCUCGCUGGCUUUAUAGUCAUGGGCGCCGCGAGGAAGCCUGGGAUGUCAUCAGCAAGUAUCACGGUGAGGGAUCCCGGGAUAACGCUUAUGUACACCUACAGGUCCGGGACUACGAGCAGGCCAUUAACCUUGAGGGUUCGGAUAAGAAGGCAUGGGACUUUAGAGAACUCGUUAACACGAAGGGCGCCAGAUGGCGUCUCCUUUGUGUGGGUAUCGCAUCAUUCAUGAGUCAGUGGGCGCAGGCUGGUGUCACGAGCUACUACAUUGGCGGCCUUCUGGCCACAGCUGGUAUUACCGACACAACAAGAGUUCUCAACGUCAAUCUCGGUAACACGAUUCUUUCCGCUGGUGGAGCUUACCUCGGAAGUUAUUUGGGCCCGAAAUUCCGACGCAGACCUAUGAUGAUUGGCGCCUCCAUUGCUUGCAGUCUCUGCUUUGCUAGCUUUUCAGCCACAACCGGUGUAUACGCCGAGACAGAAGCAUCAGCAGCGGCCACUGCUUCUAUUGUGUUCAUCUUCCUGAUCGGCUUCUGCUUCAGCUUUGGCUGGACCCCAUUGCAAGCCAUGUACGCGGUCGAAUGUCUUUCAUACGAGACCCGCGCCAAGGGAAUGGCCAUGUACUCCGUCUUCACCAAUAUUGCCUUGCUGGUGAACCAGUUCGGAUUCGGAAACGCCAUCAAUGCCAUCGGCUGGCAUACAUACAUCAUCCUAGCCGGCUGGAACAUUGUUCAGGGAGUGUUCAUCUACUUCUUCGCUGUUGAAACCAACGGACGGACCCUGGAAGAACUCUCGGAGAUCUUCGAAGCGCCCAAUCCCCGCAAGAAGAGUACUGAGAAACAAGAGGUCUUGGUCUCUGAGGUUGAGAACAAGGUUGUCGAAGUCAAGGGUGCAUAG